AGAGAGAGAGAGGAGAGGAGAAGAGAGAGAGAGGGGGGACUUGACAGUUGACACCUAGCCGUCUGGGCAGAGGGAGGGAGGGGGGGGGACGCUUUUCCUUUUCUCACUCUCUUGCUUUAUAAAAGCAGCCACCUCUCUCAUAUUCCCGUCUUCUCCUCACUUGUUUAUUCAUCUUUCUUUCUCUCUCUUCAAAAAAAACAAAGAACUGGUUGAAGAAUCCUCACCAUAUUCCUCAGUAUUCUUCCCCACAUUGUUCCAUGAUCUAACAAUAAAGCUGGACAAAUGACGAAGAUAAGCCCAGAAUUCGGGGAUCAGAUGCAGAUGGAGGCAGUUUCAGCUGAUGUGAGCUUUGCAUCUAAUCAGUUUCCGAAAUACAGAAUAGGAGCUGAUAAUCAGAUUUUUGAUGAUGCCAAGGACGACCCUAAGGGUCCACCCUUGAAGGAGGUUGUUGCACAGGAAACUGCCCAUCUAGUAGAGCAGCAAAAGCGUCUCUCUGUUCGUGACCUUGCCAGUAAAUUUGAUAAGAACUUAGCUGCUGCUGCAAAGUUGUCAGAUGAGGCUAAGCUAAGGGACGUUGCUUCUUUGGAGGGACAUGUUCUUCUGAAGAAGCUCAGAGAUGCACUGGAAGCUUUGAGAGGUCUAUUAGCAGGUCGAAAUAAGGAAGAUGUGGAAAAAGCUAUUUCAAUGGUGGAGGCUUUGGCAGUAAAGUUGACUCAAAAAGAGGGGGAGUUGAUUCAAGAGAAGUUUGAAGUGAAAAAGCUAGCGAACUUUCUCAAACAGGCUUCAGAAGAUGCUAAGAAAUUAGUUAGCCAAGAAAGGUCCUUCGCUUGUGCUGAAAUUGAGAGUGCAAGAGCGGUAGUGCAAAGAUUUGGAGAGGCUCUUGAGGAAGAAGAAAGAAUUUCCCAAACCUCAGGAAAGCAGGAACUAGAGAAACUCCUGGAGGAGGUUCAAGAAUCUAGAAGAAUAAAAUUGUUGCAUCAGCCCAGCAAGGUGAUUGACAUGGAACACGAGCUCCAAGCUCUACGGAUUCAAAUUCGAGAGAAGUCAAUAAUAUCGGUUAAGCUUCAAAGAGAGCUGGCAAUGAGCAAAAGGGCCCAGGAGAACCAAUCCUGUUUAUAUGAGUUAGGUGGUUGUGAAUCUUUAGGUUCAUCUUUGCAAGUCCAACCUUGCUCAGAUGAAGCUCAAGAACUUUCAAAAUGUUCGGUUCAGUGGUAUCGUAUACCGACUGAAGGUAGCAGAAGGGAAAUUAUUUCAGGUGCCAACAGACCAAUUUAUGCACCAGAGCCUUUUGAUGUUGGACGCUUCUUGGAAGUUGAUGUCUUCUCAACUGGCCAAAAGGUUGUUGUGAUAACUGCCAAUCCCAUUGGUCCAGCUGCUGGAUUGGCCAGUUAUGUGGAGACGCUUUUGAGGAAACCCAACAGUGAAUUUAAUGUUACUAUUUCUCAGAUGAACGGACAAAAUUAUUCAUCACGUGCUGUGCACUUGUUUCAUGUUGGGAAAAUGAGGAUGAAACUUUGUAGAGGAUGGAUUACAAAGGCUAGGGACUCAUAUUCGGUAACGAUGCAGCUAUGUGGUUUUCGAGGUGGUGGUAAUUCGGCAGCUAAGUCAUUGUUUUGGCAAGCAAGGAAAGGACAAUCCUUUGUACUUGUAUUUGAAACAGAGAGAGAAAGAAAUGCGGCCAUUAUGCUUGCGAGGAGAUAUGCUCUUGACUGCAAUGUUGUACUUGCCGGGCCAGAUGAUCAAGCCUUCAUCUAAACCUGACUGAUUUGUGAGUCCUCAACUAAUGUGUGCAUAAUUGUUUUGUUUUUUUCCCGAGUGUGAGUGUUCCAUUUCUUGUGUGUUUUGAUGAUUAACAGUGCCUUCACUUUUGUAAUUUCUUUUUUGUUUUUUGGGGGUUCCUUUCUAAUCUGGUUAUGCCUUUGUAGGCGGUGUUUUUAUUUGCCUAAUCAUGGGUUGUAACAAGUUUUUCCCUGUCAUAGCUGUAUGGUUUACUUGCACACAUUUGUGUAUUACACUCAGAUUAAUACUCUCCAAAUUGGGAAAUGAUUUGAAGUGGAAUUAUGGUUUCAAAA